ACAAUUGCAUUUCAUCGUUCCUUCCAAAGACGGUAGAAAAAAUUGUUGAUCGGUCUUUUCGGGCAGGCAGUUUUUCGCAAUUAGUUUUAAUUUGUAAAAAUCAAUUAUUUUGUGCUUUCUUCUAUAAAGUUCAGCGUAGAAGAGCCAUAAAAGCAACUCCAAGCUCGAGAAAAAUUUGCCAGAGCCUGCUCACGACUCGAAGAUACGUAACGAUUAGUACCGUUGUAGGCCAACAGCAAAUUAAAGUGGAAAAGGAGGAUCAGGAGCAGCUGCAAAAAAUAAUGGCGAGCAAUAAUAACAGCGGAAUAAUUGAACCAACUUUUCCGACUGGUGCACUGGUCCCCAAAGCGGAAACUGGUGUUAUAAACUUUUUACAAAAGUAUCCUGAAUAUGAUGGGCGUGACGCGGUGAUCGCUAUUUUCGAUUCCGGUGUAGAUCCGCGUGCCACAGGCCUGGAGACGCUAUGUGAUGGAAAAACAGUUAAGGUGAUCGAACGUUUUGACUGCACUGGUUGCGGUGACGUGGACGUGUCAAAAAAAGUAACCGCGAACGACAAAGGUUUCAUCACCGGAAUUUCGGGUCGCCAACUUAAGUUGACACCUCAAAUGACUGCUUCAAAUACUGCCAAUGGCGAGUAUCGCAUAGGUUUGAAAAAUUUCUAUGACUUGUGCCCAUUUAAGGUGAGGGAAAAUAUAAUAAACUUUAACAAAACCAAGGAAUGGGAUGGGCCCAAUAAACUUGCCGCCGCUGCAACUUCACGUAAAUUGAUCGAAUUCGAAGCUCAAAACUCAGACUUAUCAAAACUGAGUUGGGAUAAAAAAUUGAUAAAAGAAGAUUUAGACAACACCUUAGAAAUGCUAAACAGUUAUGAUAAGCUUUACAAAGACAUCAAAACUACGUAUGAUUGUAUAUUGUAUCAAACUGCAAAUGGCUGGCAAGCGGUAAUCGAUACCACAGAGAAGGGUGAUCUUGAAAAUGCGCUGCACAUUGGCGAGUACGCAAAGACGCAUGAGAUUAAAAAUGUAGAUAAUUUCUUCUCAAUUUCCAUCAAUGUGCACGACAGUGGGGAUCUGCUGGAGGUUGUGGGCAUGUGUUCAUCACAUGGCACUCAUGUUGCUUCCAUUGCUAGUGGCAAUCAUGCUUCCAAAGAUGUGGAUGGUGUAGCGCCGAACGCGCGUAUUGUUUCGCUUACAAUUGGUGAUGGACGGUUGGGGUCUAUGGAGACUGGCACAGCACUAGUUCGGGCCAUGAUGAAAGUAAUGGAAUUAUGUCGAUCUGGCACCAAAAUCGACGUCAUCAAUAUGAGUUAUGGCGAGCAUGCACAUUGGUCGAAUGCUGGUCGUAUUGGGGAAUUGAUGAGUGAGGUGGUAAAUAAAUACGGCGUUGUAUGGGUAGCUUCUGCUGGCAAUCAUGGCCCUGCCCUUUGCACGGUGGGCACGCCACCAGAUAUAAGCCAGCCCAGCUGCAUUGGUGUUGGGGCUUACGUCUCGCCACAAAUGAUGGAGGCGGAAUAUGUAAUGCGCGAAAAGCUGCCUGGCAAUGUUUACACUUGGACAUCGCGCGAUCCCUGUAUUGAUGGUGGUCAAGGUGUAACAGUGUGUGCGCCUGGUGGUGCUAUUACAUCAGUACCGCAAUUUACUAUGAGUAAAUCGCAGUUGAUGAAUGGCACCAGCAUGGCAGCACCGCAUGUUGCCGGCGCGAUAGCCCUUUUAAUAUCUGGUCUCAAACAAAAAGGUAUUAAAUAUUCUCCAUACAGCAUUAAGCGCGCAAUAACAAACACUGCCACCAAGCUUGGCUAUGUUGACCCAUUUGCACAAGGCAGCGGUUUGUUGAACGUAGAAAAGGCGUUUGAGUAUUUGACACAACAUGAUAAUGCCAUUGAGAAUAUGUUGAGAUUUGCCGUGCGUUGUAGUGCACAAAAUGCCAAGGGCAUACACUUACGACAGGGCGUGCUGAAGAAGCCAAUCGAAUGUGAUGUUAGUAUUGAGCCAGUUUUCUUCAACGAACUCGAAACUGAACCACAACAAAAGUUCAGUUUUAAUGUACGUUUGAAUCUGGUCUCCUCGAAGCCAUUCGUGCAAUGCGGUGCUUACUUGGAUUUAAGCUAUUCGUCGCGUUCGAUGUCGGUAAAGAUCGAUCCUACUGGACUACAGCCUGGCGUUCAUACGGCAAUUAUAUCUGCAUACGACUCAAACUGCGUACAGAAAGGAGCUCUUUUCGAAAUACCAGUCACUGUAGUGCAACCACAUACCGUCAAUUGCAGCGAGUCGCGCACCUUUCAUUGUUCAUCCGCUAAGAACGAUGGUAGCAUAGAGUUCCAACCUAAUACUAUACAAAGAGAUUUUAUUUUGGUGCCAAAUAAUGCAACGUGGGCCGUGCUCAAAAUGCGUUCGACUGACAAAAAUCGUGAAAAUGACGUUGGCAGAUUCUUUGUACACACAAUGCAAAUAUUGCCAAAAUCAUCAUGUCGCAUGUUAGAGACUAUGAAAAUUUUGGCCGUGAAUUCGGAAAACGAGACCACUUUGCAUUUUCCCGUUGAGGAGAACAAUAUUCUAGAGCUUUGCAUUGCAAAAUAUUGGUCCAACUAUGGCACAACGCAUAUCAAAUAUAGUUUAGAAUUUCAUGGCAUAAAAGCAAUCAAUUCAAGUCCAUACAUGAUGCAGGCAGCACGUGGCCUUCACAAGCUGGAUUUUGUUGCAUUAAAUAGCGAGGAUUUGCAACCACAAGUUCAGCUAAAGACUGCCGCUGUGGUGCUGCGACCCAGCGAAGCCCGCAUUUCGCCGCUCAGUCCAACUCGCGAUGUCAUACCCGAAGGUCGCCAAAUAUAUCAAAAUCUCCUAACGUAUACGCUCCAAGUUCCCAAGGCACAAGAAAUUGCACUAUAUGCACCCAUUUUCAAUGCAUUGCUCUACGAGGCCGAAUUUGAAUCACAGCUUUGGAUGAUGUUUGACUCCAAUAAGGCGGUAGUUGCUUGCGGAGAUGCACAUUCGCAUAAAGUUUUUACGAAAUUUGAGAAGGGCGAGUAUACGAUUAAAUUGCAAAUACGCCACGAAAAGCGCGAUCUGCUGGAAAAAGUAUCAGAGGCUAAUAUGGUAGCACUGUUCAGGUUUGCUAACGCAAUCACUCUGGACUUCUACGACCAUUUCAAUAACUGUCUGGUCGGCAGACGUAAAUUCACCAGCUGUAUUGUGAAGGACAAUCCACCCAAGGUGCUGUAUGUUGCCCCGUUGCCACAGGAGAAGUUGACAAAGGCCAAUUUGCCUGCGAGUAGCGCUUGGUUGGGCGGUACCAUUACAUUCGCCAAAGAUGAGGCAGUACGUCGUAUUGACGCACAUGAAUUUACAUAUUUACUAAAUCCACCAGAAAAGAAGAACGGCAAUGGCGGCAAUUCCGGAAGUGGCAGUGGGACGGCAAACGCAUCUAAGUCGAAAACGAAUGUCUCAAUUGCGAGCACAUCUACAACCACCACGACAAACUCAACAACAGCUACAACAGGGGCUAAUUCCGCCGCUUCCGGUGAUGGUGCUGCUAAAGUUAGUACUGAUGGUGCUGCAUCGCCCAAGAAGUCGGCUGCCGACGAGUAUGCCGAAGGCUUACGCGACUACCAGUGCAUGAUGAUCACCAAAUCCGAGGUAGGCAAAGCUGAAGACAUUUACGAUGAGGUGAUUGCUGCGCAUCCCAAACAUUUGGUAGCACACGUAUUGUUCAUGCAAAAUAUCGAUGCAAAUGAAUAUAAGCCACUUUUGCCGCUUACCUUUGCCAAAAUGGUCAAUACAAAUGUGGAUGCCGAUAGCCACAAGGAGGAAAUGGUAAGGAUACGUACUGCAUUGGAACGCGUUGCACAGCUGGGCGGUUUCGUCGUAAGUGACAUGGCUGAUGAAUAUGACGCUUUAUUCGCAUAUUAUGGUCUCAAAAAUGAUACCCGUCCAGAUGCCAGUAAAAUCAAGACCAAUAUGGACAAGAAAAAGGCAAAUUUGUUGGAAGCUCUAGCCAGAAGGGGUGUGGCCAAAAUUAAGAUAAGCAUUAUCGAUGGCAACAUGAAGGAUCACUUGGAAGAGUUCAGUGAAAUUUAUGUUGAAAUUUCCAAGCUGGCUGACCCCACUGACUCAAAGGUCAUCAAUUUUACACUCUGGCAUGCGUUUGCAAAUUCGCAAUAUGGUCGCAUGUAUAAAAUACUGCAAAAAAUGUACGAUGACAAACGUCAACGUGAUAUACUAGAAGAGUUAAAUUUGGUGGCAGGUGCUUUAGAAUUCGGGCAUCUACAGACAGCCAUACAGCGUAUGACUGUAACAGCAUAUCCGAAUGGCUUCCGUAUAUUCUAAUUAUUGUAAUUAAUCCUAAAUUAGAAGGAAAAUACACUGGUUAGCAAAACGAAGAGAACGCACAUCAUAAGCAAGGAUGUUUAACAAAUCUAAGACAUUAUCUACUUAUAUAUAUAUAGUUCAUUUGUUUUCUCUAUAACAUCUGUAUGUAAGAUUAUCUUUCUUUAGAAAGUGUGUAUUAAGUUUUUUUGUUUAAAUUGUUCUUCGGCACUUGUAUUGUAAUUGUGAAAUUUAGCUCAAAACAUUGUAAAC